UCUGCGUUAGUCGCACCUAGAUGAGCUUGAGUACGGCCCUUUCCCCUGGCUCUUUCCAGAGGCUUGGCCUGAGUGUUAUCCAGCUCCACUGCUCAGGCUGUUGAGGCUGGCACGUCGUGGAUGGUGCUGUGGGCAUGCUCGCACCAACAGGCUUCUCAACCACAUCAAACGUAGAGAUUGUGGUUUUUCAUGGCGUGGCAGUGCCGCGUUGCUGUUAGCGUAGCUCUGGGUAAAAUCGCUUCAUUUUAAGUCUCGUGGGAAUUCCUUGCUGGAGAACUUCAGAAUACCCUCGCUUCCCACAUUUAUUUUUACUUUUCUUGUUCCUCAGAAAUCUCAGCUACAACCAUAAUCAUGCUUGCCAAGUGUCCUCCACAGAGUGAAGAUGAGACCAUGGUUCCAGUGUUGACAUCGAAAAAGGCCAGCGAACUACCUGUGAAUGAAGUUGCAUGUGCACUGCAGGCUGACCUGCAGUUUGGCCUUUCCCACGAUGAGGUGAGCCGUCGACGGGCAUACCAUGGAUGGAACGAGUUUGACAUCACCGAGGGUGAGCCACUCUGGAAGAAGUACAUCUCUCAGUUUAAAGAUCCUCUCAUCAUGCUCCUGCUGGCGUCUGCUGUUAUUAGCGUGUUAAUGCGGCAGUUUGAUGACGCCGUCAGUAUCACCGUGGCCAUAAUUAUCGUCGUCACUGUAGCCUUUGUGCAGGAGUACCGCUCUGAGAAAUCCCUGGAGGAACUUGGAAAGCUAGUGCCUCCAGAAUGCCACUGUGUGAGGCAGGGGCGUAUGGAGCACCUGCUUGCACGGGACCUUGUCCCUGGGGACACAGUCUGCCUGUCUGUGGGGGAGAGAGUCCCAGCUGACCUGCGCCUCUUUGAGGCCGUCGACCUGUCCAUUGACGAGUCCAGUCUGACCGGAGAGACCACCCCCUGCUCCAAAACAUCUGCGCCCCAGCCUGCCGCCACCAAUGGCGACAUAACUUCCCGUAGCAACAUAGCUUUCAUGGGUACGCUGGUGUGCUGUGGGAAGGCCAAGGGUAUCGUCAUAGGAACAGGAGAGAACUCUGAAUUUGGCGAAGUCUUCAAGAUGAUGCAAGCAGAAGAGUCUCCUAAAACACCCCUCCAGAAGAGCAUGGAUCUGCUUGGAAAGCAGCUCUCCCUCUAUUCCUUCGGCAUUAUAGGGGUGAUUAUGAUGGUCGGGUGGCUCCAGGAAAAAAACAUCCUUGAUAUGUUUACUAUAGGAGUCAGCCUUGCUGUAGCUGCUAUUCCAGAGGGUUUGCCCAUUGUGGUGACGGUCACCCUGGCCCUGGGAGUGAUGAGGAUGGUGAAGAAGAGGGCCAUCGUGAAAAAACUGCCAAUUGUAGAGACGCUGAGCUGCUGUAAUGUGAUCUGCUCGGAUAAGACAGGGACCCUGACGAAGAACGAGAUGACCGUCACACACAUCUUCACCUCUGACAGCCAACAUGCAGAGGUAACGGGCGUGGGCUAUAAUGGCAUUGGGGAGGUGCUGCUGGACGGCGAGGUGGUGCAUGGCUUCUCCAACGCCUCCAUCAGCAAGAUUGUAGAGGCUGGCUGUGUGUGCAACGAUGCUGUGAUCAGGAACAAUACGUUGAUGGGGCGACCAACAGAGGGUGCUCUCAUCGCCCUGGCCAUGAAGAUUGGUCUGGAAGGUUUACAGCAGGAGUUUGUGCGGUGGGAAGAGAUCCCAUUCUCCUCCGAGCAGAAGUGGAUGGCUGUGCGCUGUGUCCAUCGCACUCAAAAGGACAAACCAGGCAUGUUCUUCGUGAAAGGAGCCUAUGAGCAGGUCAUCCGCUUCUGCAGCACCUACCAAUGUAGAGGACAUGCACUUCCUCUGACCAGCCAGCAGAGGGAUCUCUACCAACAGCAAAAAAGCUACAUGGGUACUGCAGGACUCCGAGUGCUUGCAUUUGCCUCUGGGGUUGAAAUGGGGGCUCUCUCGUUCCUGGGCCUGGUUGGCAUCAUCGACCCUCCGAGGCCGGGUGUGAAGGAUGCCGUGGCAACGCUUAUCAGCUCUGGAGUGGCAGUGAAGAUGAUCACAGGGGAUUCCCAGGAGACAGCAGUGGCAAUUGCGAGUCGACUGGGUCUGUACACUAAAGGAUCCCAGUGUCUGUCUGGCGAAGAGGUGGAUGUAAUGGACAUUGAGCAGCUCUCACAGAUUGUGUCGCGGAUUGCAGUGUUCUACCGAGCCAGCCCCAGACACAAACUAAAAAUUGUCAAGUCCCUGCAGAACAUCGGUGCAGUGGUUGCUAUGACGGGCGACGGUGUGAACGAUGCUGUGGCUUUGAAGGCGGCCGACAUCGGCGUGGCCAUGGGCCAGACGGGCACAGACGUGUGCAAGGAAGCAGCCGACAUGAUCCUGGUUGACGACGACUUCCAGACCAUUAUGUCUGCUAUUGAGGAAGGCAAAGGCAUUUACAACAACAUUAAGAACUUUGUACGUUUUCAGCUCAGCACGAGCAUAGCUGCCCUUACACUCAUCUCCCUGGCAACGCUCAUGAACUUCCCAAACCCGCUGAAUGCUAUGCAGAUCCUCUGGAUCAACAUCAUAAUGGAUGGCCCACCUGCCCAGAGUUUGGGUGUAGAACCUGUAGAUGGCGACGUGAUCCGAAAGCCUCCGCGUAAUGUGCGUGACAGCAUCAUCACACGUAGCCUUAUUGUGAAGGUGCUGGUCUCUGCCUUCGUCAUCGUCUGCGGCACACUCUUUGUCUUCUGGAGAGAGUUGCGGGACAACGAGAUUACCCCACGUGACACUACCAUGACGUUCACCUGCUUUGUCUUCUUCGACAUGUUCAACGCACUCAGCUCUCGCUCCCAGACGCGAAUGGUACAUGAGAUGGGCCUGUGUAGUAACGGGACGUUCUGCUAUGCUGUGCUCGCGUCCAUUAUGGGUCAGCUCCUCGUCAUCUACUUCCCUCCCCUGCAGAAGGUGUUUCAGACAGAGAGUCUCAGCAUUUUAGACCUGCUUUUCCUGGUGGGCCUCACGUCCUCCGUUUGCGUUGUGUCCGAGAUCAUAAAGAAGCUUGAGCGGUGGAGAGGGGGCGAGCGAACCGAGGCCUCCGACUCCUUCCACGAAGUAUGACGCACAUUGUGUCCCGCGAGGUGGACGGAGACGCAGGUGGAGGGCGGUGGAGGGGUUGGUUUGUUGUGCACUGGAUGGCCCACGGCUCGAGACUUCAGCACAGAACAGAUUCCGGGAUUGAGGGUCGGCCACGCAGGCCCUUCUGGCAUACGUUUUCAAAGCCAUUUGGACGUCAGUGCUGCAGGAUGGCCCGCUGGCCUUGGGUCUCACUCUGCGCUGGUCUGGGAGACGCACCCUCCCCUGCUUCCCGGAUAGGCUUCGGUGUGCUGCUUUAAGGCUGUGCUAUUUUUCCAUAGCAUCUGGAUGAACCUUAUUUAUCAGAUACUGUGGUUGUUGAUACAGUGGCUGUUGAUGUCUCUGUUUCAUAGGUUAUCUCUCUCUCCUGUCCUCUCUUCUCUGUCUCUGUCUCUCUGUUAAACACACUUUGCUGGUUGUAGUUUUGUGGAACAAAAUGGGCAAUGCAUUCCAGCAAAUAUUGCUUGAAUAAUUGUAUAGUGUCAACACUUGGAGGAAAAAAUAUUAACUUUGCCAACCAAGAGCCUGAAUUCGGGUGAGUUGUGCGUGCGUGUGUGUGGAUGAGGGGGAAGUGGUAAGAAUGUUAUGUAGUUCGAAAUUAUUUGUUAUCAUGUUUCACAGAUUUGUACUUACUAAUGGGUUAUUGGACCGUUUUAUAAUCCUCAUUAUGCACUGAUUCACUGGUUCACUGUAACACAGAAGAAAGCAUCUUAAGCCCCACUAUCACCUUGAUGGAGAAGGUCCUCCUCCAGUCUCAUCACUUUCUCCAAUAGUGAUGACUGUGCUUUUGGGGAAAGGUAUGGUGUUUUGAUCUAAAAUAAAGGUUAGGGUUAGUUGGGCUGCACUGUCGGGACAAUGAAACAUACACAGCCUUCCCCCCCUAACAUUUUUAAGGUCAGGCCCAAACCUUUUGAGAGAUUCAGUUCUGUUUUGGGGCCAUUGGAGUUGCCAUAGACAUGAUUUCUUCCCCCAUGUUUUGUUCAGUGGGUGGGUAGCUUAUGCAGUGCUGUACUGGUUUACAUGUACUUGAGCUGUUGAGGCCCUGACUAUCUGAGGAAGUGAUGGAGGUGUAUCUGGGUCACACUGUGGAAGCCUGCUGCACUAAAGUUCUGGUACCAGCAGAUGGCCCCCUUCAUCCACCUUGCACUGUACUUCCCCACAUGCCUGUUUCAUGAACUUUGGGGGGGGGGGGUCCUUUUUUUUCCCCUCUUCUUCUCCCGUUAAAUUAAUUUUUUUCCCCUUUUAAGUAAGUUAUUUGUUUCCUCUUUAUUAGCAGUAAAGUGUUUUCAGCGGCCACAUAGGCUUUAUAUGCCAGUUAUACAGUUACUUCUCAACGGACAAACAUGCUUUGCCUCUCUUUGGUUUGAGUUGCUCUUUGUGUGCAAGCAACUUUAUUGUGGACUGGCCAGGAAGUGGAGCCAAAAUGGAAUAAGGGUGGUAUGUACUGCCUUUUUUCUGUUUUUUGUAAAGAUUGUAUUGUAAUUUAUUUGUUAUUGACAGCUAAAGUCAGAAAUCUGUUAUGGUUAUUUCAGAACACAAUUGUACAUUAAAAUUUCUACGGAUCUUUAAGAACA